CAAAACCGGUCCCUCCCGAGUCCCGACUCAGGGACGCAUCUACCGACAGUCGUCAUCCUCCUCCAGCAAUCCCCAUGUGCUCUCUGCCCCGCUCCGCCUGAUCCCACUCCCACCGCCUCCUUCUGCUCGUCCGCGGCCCAUUCAUCCACAUCCGCCACAGUCCUCCAUGCCCUGCCUCCGGUGUGCCUGACGACCCGAUUCCUCGCCAACGAACUCCUCCUCAGUUCCCCACUUCCCGGAUCCCCGUCGCCCCGGCCGAGCAGAAACCGGAGCCCCGCCGCAGAUCCGCAGGGAGAAGGAGGGGGGAGAAUGGACGCCCCGUCGGUGGCGCUCUACAACCAGCUCAAGGCUGCUCAACCAUUCUUCUUGUUAGCUGGGCCCAAUGUGAUUGAAUCAGAGGAACAUAUCUUGAAGAUGGCCAAACACAUCAAAGCCAUCACGACCAAGCUUGGGGUGCCUCUUGUGUUCAAAUCAAGCUUUGAUAAAGCAAACCGUACAUCGUCGAAAUCCUUCCGCGGUCCUGGUCUGGAACAAGGCCUAAAGAUCCUUGAAAAGGUGAAGGCCGCAUAUGACCUUCCAGUGGUCACCGACGUGCAUGAAAGCUGCCAGUGUGAAGCUGUCGGAAGAGUUGCUGAUAUUAUACAGAUUCCAGCUUUCCUCUGUCGCCAGACUGACCUUCUAGUGGCUGCGGCUAAGACUGGGAAAAUUAUCAAUAUCAAGAAAGGACAAUUCUGUGCCCCGUCUGUUAUGGCCAACUCUGCGGAGAAAAUUAGACUUGCUGGAAAUCAAAAUGUAAUGGUCUGUGAGCGAGGCACCAUGUUUGGCUACAAUGAUCUAAUUGUUGAUCCAAGGAACUUUGAGUUGCUGAGGGAAGCAAAUUGCCCAGUUGUAGCUGAUGUAACACAUGCUCUACAACAACCAGCUGGGAAAAAGCUUGAUGGUGGUGGGGUUGCAAGUGGGGGCUUACGAGAACUCAUACCAUGCAUCGCAAGGACUGCUGUUGCAGUUGGUGUUGAUGGUAUUUUCAUGGAGGUACAUGAUGAUCCCCUGAAUUCACCAUGUGACGGGCCAACUCAAUGGGUAACCUCUCCUGUUGAGACAUUUUCAACCAUGGUGGGUGAUGAUAUGCUCACUUAUUCCUACUGUUGUGCACAUUGUUUUGUAGCCAUUGUGCAAUUUGGAGGAGCUGUUGGAAGAAUUGAUUGCGAUCGCUCGAGUCACCAAAGGAAAGAAACCGCUCAAGAUCGACCUAACUCCAUUCAAGGAAUGAUUUGGCAGUGGAUAGCAAUAGGAAUAACCUUGUGGCUGCCAAUUGGUUUCACCAAUAUGGUCGUGUCCAGGCGAGUUGGCUCUUUGUAUGCGGUACUUUCAUUUACCGUUGGCUUCUAGCUUUGUUGGAUUGCCUGCAUGUAUUAGUUUCUUUCCAAGCGUAGCAUAGCAGCCACAGAUUGCUGUUUUGAAUGGCUCUGUCUCGAGAAUCAACUCGAAAGAAGUCGACUUUUGAUU